AUGUCUCAAGAAGAGAUGGAAGUUGAUCCCCAACCAGUGGCUGAUCACGCUGUAGAGAACCUCGGGACGCUUCCCACAGAGCCCUCUGGUCACGCAGCGCUGUUGUCUCAUACUCCGGUGCUCGGUGAAGGAGGAAGCAAUGACGCUGUUGUCAUACCCAGCGCUGGUACAACACGGGAAGCAGCUGCUGAGCCUGACCAGCAGCAGGGUCCUGCCUCGGCUCUCGGUGGACUACAGAGGCUACAAGGGGCAUCUGAUCCUUCUCGGCUGUUGCCUGUGUCGCAGGUCACGCAGCGGCCGCGAGCGAGGAGAGCUCGCCGGCAACAGAGAAUUGGUGGCUCCCAGAGGACAGUUGGUGCCAGGGCAGCACUGGACAGUUACUUUCAACACAGCAGGACCCAAGAGCCAGCUACAGGACCAACCCCACAUCUGGAGCCCUCUCGCACUGCAAGGGACAACCAGGAGCACAGCUUAGAUGCAGUAAUAGAAGUGAGUGACUCUGACAGCAGCACCUCUGAGGAGGAGGAGGAAGCUGUGGAGGCUGCAGCGCCGCUGUUACCGUCGGCUCAGGAGACACCUCCAGCAGGUAACUCAGGAGUUUCCAGUCAGGUCCAAGCAGAGCCACCUCAAGCUUUAUCUCAAGCUUUAUCUCAAGCUUCCGCAGAACAUGAAAGUUGUGAAGGUAAAGAGGCAAAAGUCCAACAAAAGCAGAGAACUCCACUGAAGACACUGGAACCAGCAGUACCUGCUGCUCCACAGGAUGAGGAGGAAGGGGAUACCUGUGCAAUCUGCUUUGAGCAGUGGACCAAUGCUGGGGACCACCGACUCUCAGCAUUGCGGUGUGGGCACCUAUUUGGUUACACCUGCAUUGACAGAUGGCUCAAGGGACAGGCAGCGAAGUGCCCCCAGUGCAAUAAGAAAGCGAAACGUUCCGACAUCGUGAUCCUGUAUGCUCGUACUUUGAAAGCGCUGGAUACCAGUGAACAGGAACGCAUGAAAAGCUUUUUCGAAAAGGAGCAGAUGUUGCGGAGGCAGGCAGAGCUGGAAUCUGCACGGAGCCAGCUCCAGUUGCAGGUGUUGACAGAUGAAUGCAGCAAACUCCGCAAGCAAGUUCAGGAAUUGAAGGCUCUGGUGGCCCAGCAAAAUGCGAAUGCUGCUCAGCAACCUGGCAGCUCCCACACCUGCCCCUCAGGCAGCCUCCCCUCCAGCCAGAGCCAGUGCAAGUACCACUUGGAAAAGGUUUUUAUGGUGUCUCAGACUGGGAGCUGCAGAGUAAUGGCAUACUGUGACUCACUGAGUUGUCUCGUGGUAUCGCAGCCUUCUCCACAGUCUACUUUUAUUCCUGGUUGUGGUGUUAAGAUGAUAAGCAUGGCCAACCUGAAGAGCACUCAGUACAUCCCCAUCCACAGUAAACAGAUCCGAGGACUGGCUUUCAGCAGUCGAGCAGAUGGCUUGCUCCUCUCUGCUGCCCUGGACAACACUCUCAAACUGACCAGCUUGGCAACAAAUACCGUGGUGCAGACGUACAAUACUGGCCGUCCUGUCUGGAGCUGCUGCUGGUGUCUCGAUGAUACGAACUACAUCUAUGCUGGGUUGAUCAAUGGCUCCAUCAUGAUCUAUGAUUUGAGAGACACAAACUCUCAUGUCCAGGAACUAGUCCCUCAGAAGUCCAGGUGCCCCAUGGUGUCACUGUCCUAUCUGCCCCGGAUGGCCUCAGCAUCACUGCCUUAUGGUGGAAUAUUAGCUGGGACCUUGGAAGGAGCCUGCUUUUGGGAACAGAAAGCUGGCAACUCUUACCGGCCUCAUCACCUGCCACUGGAGCCUGGAGGAUGCAUUGAUCUUCAGACAGAGAUCAGCACACGGCACUGCCUCGCGACCUACAGGCCCAGUAAAAAUAACCCGUAUGUGCGUUGUGUGAUGAUGGAACUGACCUGCAGUCCGCUGACAGAGGCCUCUGAGGAUGUGGUGUGUUCUUCUCACCCAGUUCAGACAUUUACCGCUGGGCCCACCUGCAAGUUGCUGACCAAGAAUGCCAUUUUUCAGAGCCCGAAGGAGGAUGGCAGUGUCUUUGUGUGUGCUGGUGAUGAGGCGUCUAAUUCUGCCCUGCUAUGGGAUGCUGGCAGUGGCUCCUUGCUGCAGAAGCUGCAGGCUGACCUGCCUGUGCUGAAUAUCUGCCCCUUGGAAGUGAACCAGACCCGCUUCCUGGCUACGCUGACCGAGAAGAUGGUGAAGAUCUACAAGUGGCAGUGA